AUGGAUGCUUACUGUGCAAAAAUUCGCAAGCUUGAAGCCCACUUCGACGGCCUCGAGUUCCAUCAUGUCCCCAGGGACCACAACGUCGCUGCCGACGUCCUAUCCAAGCUCGGCUCCAAGUGUGCACAAGUUCCAGUCAGCGUAUUUGUUCAGGAUCUUCGGAAACGUUCUAUCAAAGUCCUGGACCCCGACCAGGCUAAUGAACCUAGUGAUCAGGCUUUAGCCAACCUAAAAUCCGCCGAGGUCAUGAUGAUCGAGGCAGAAGAAGAUUGGCGCGCCCUAUUCAUAGCCUUAAUCACUGACCAGCUGGCACCAAAAGACAAUGUUGAACAUGAGAAAUUAGCUCAGCGCAGUGCAAAUUAUGUUGUUAUAGGCACAGAACUCUUCAAAAAAGCUGCAUCUACAGGCAUAAUGAUGAAAUGCGUUCUACGCAUUAAAGGCAUCGAACUAUUAGAUGAAAUCCACUUGGGAAUAUGUGGAAGCCACGCUGCUUCUGGCACUUUGGUUGGCAAAGCUUUCCGAUUCGGCUUCUACUGGCCCACAGCAGUAGCCGAUGCAAAGGAACUCGUCAAGCGUUGA